UCUCAGUGCUUUCACUGCCCAGAGAUAAUAUUCACGGCGAGCAGACAUUUGCGUCAGUGUCAGAUACGUCUCAAUGCCACCCUGCCCCAGGGGCAGCGCAGUGGGCAGACAGGCUGGGCUGGCAAGUAGGAGCCCACGGCAGAGCCUCUCAAGCUGCCCCACGGCCAUGCUGCUCCUCCUGCACCUGCUGCCUGCCGUGCUGCCUGCCAGUGCCCUGGGCAGCUGCACCGGGGCUGGUGCCGACCGGCAGCUUGUCCUGGCCAAGGUGCGGGCACGGGUGCUGGAGCAUCUGAGCCCCCCAGCCAUGCAGGAGCCCCAAAAGGACAUGAGGAGGGUGCAUCGUAGAGAUGUCCUUGAAGAGGUGGAGGUGCUACCCGAAGAGCAGGAAGACACAUCCCAGGUGAUUCUCUUCCCUUCCACAGAUGUGCCGUGCGAGCCCACACAGCCAGAUAAGCUGCUGGAGGAAGAAGGCAUCUUCACUUACCUCUUCCAGCCCUCAGAGCAUGUCCUGAGCCGCACGCUGACAUCCGCCCAGCUCUGGUUCUACAGCGGCCCCUCAGCUGCUUCCAACCACUCGGCUCCCGCUGUGCUGACCCUCUCACUGCAGGGCAGGGUGCCAGUGGUGGCCACAGCAUCGCAGACACCAGAGCACUGGACGGUGUUUGACUUUGGCCCUGACGCGCUGCCCCAGCUGGCACAGCCGCUCUUCGUGCUCCUGGUGCGCUGCCCCAGCUGCCCCUGCCUGGCUGACGGGGACAAGAUGCCCUUCCUGGUGGCCACCACACGUGCCAAGGCAGCUGGACGGGCUCGCCGCUCCGCUGUGCCCUGGUCACCGGCUGCACUCAGCCUGCUGCAGCGCCCAUCAGAGGAUGUGGCCGCCCACACCAACUGCCGCCGGGCGUCCCUCAACAUCUCCUUCGAGGAGCUGGGCUGGGACAAUUGGAUUGUGCACCCCAGCAGCUUCGUUUUCCACUACUGCCACGGGAGCUGUGCCGAAGGCCAUGGGCUGAGCCACCGUCUGGGUGUGCAGCUGUGCUGCGCCGCUCUGCCUGGCACCAUGCGCUCGCUGCGCGUCCGCACCACCUCUGAUGGUGGCUACUCCUUCAAGUACGAGACAGUGCCCAACAUCCUGGCGCAGGACUGCACCUGUGUCUAGCGGCUGGCACAGCAUGGCUGAACCCAUGGGUCUCCCUGCUGCCUCUGGACUGCCCCAGUGCCAGAUGAUGAGCCCAUCCCACAGAUGGAGGAGUCACUCACAUGGGCACUGCGCAGCCCAGGGCAGGGAGAGGGACCCAGGUGGAAGUUUUGGUGGUGCCACCCUCCCUCUGACAGCCAGGGUUUCAUGGUUCCAGGCUGUGUGGGUGCUGCAGCCCUGCCCCAGGGCUGUGCCCAGCCCACAGCAUGCUAGCUGUGCCCUGCAAUGGCAGCCCAGUGCCUGGAGCCAGCUCACCUACAUAUCUCCUCCCACAAGAAAGACAAGCUGCAGCGCACAGCCACCUCCCCCUGCUCCUAGGGACAGGACAGGGACAGAUGGAUGUGCCAGGGCACGUCCACUCAGGCUCACACAGGUGGUGAGGCUGGUGGCACGCAAAGGACAGCAGAACCUGUUUGCAAGAUCAGUAAGGCAAGAUAAAUAAAACUUCUUUCUUUACAAAAGCAAUCUUAGAACACCAGUUUCCAUCAGGAACAGCCUCAGAGGCAGUGUGGUUACGGAGCGGGGUGCAAACCCAGAGGCUUUGGGCUGGAGGAGGGAGGGGAAGGGCGAGCUGCGGGCAUUCAGCAGCAUAGCAUGGUGCUCUGCAAGGGGCCCAGCUCUGCUCCAGCAUCCCAGGGAGGGGACUCGUGGAAGCGCCAAGGCUGAUCCAUCCCUGAGCAACGGGAGAGCCAGAGGGCAGCAUCUGUCCCUCCAGCUGCAUCGGGAUGGGGAGCACAGGGAAGCCCUGCUGAAUCCACAGCUGCGCAGGAAUGUGGCAAUCAGAGCAAUCCUACUCCCGCCACGCCAGCAGAGGCUGCCUUUGGCUGAAGCUGCCUCCGCACAGUUGGAAUGACUGAGUCACCCCGGGCCAA